AUGCCUGCGGCGACGGAAAUACAGAGUGUCCUCCCGGGCAAAGAACAGGUGGUCAACGAUGUUCCAAAAGUCAUCAAGGAAAUACAAUUCGGGGUCUUGUCGGAUCAGGAUAUUAUCAACCAGUCUCAGGUCGAACUCGCCGACCGUCGAAUGUUUGAUCUGGACAAAGGCCGGACCUACGCCGAAUAUGGACCCCUUGAUAGACGCAUGGGUAUCUCGGGCAAACGAGAUAUAUGUAAGACUUGCGGAGAGCAACUGCAGACAUGUAACGGCCACUUUGGACAUGUCAAGCUCGUUCUGCCCGCCUUCCAUGUCGGCUAUUUCAAGAAAGUCAUACAAAUCCUCCAGAGUAUCUGCAAGGACUGCUCUGCCAUCCUCCUUACCGAAGCGGACCGAAGAAAAUACCUCAACGUUCUACGAAGAGCAGGCAAUGAUACCCUGAGACAGGCCGCCAUUGUCAGAAAAGUGGCGGAUCAAUGUCGAAAGACAAAGGUUUGCUUCCAAUGUGGUGCCAUCAACGGGUUGGUUCGAAAAGCCGGGACGCACGCUCUGAAGAUUUCGCAUGACAAGUUCAAAUCAUUCAACUCUUCAACAGCAGCCAAAAAGCAGCCGCCGCCGGAAAAGAUCGAGUUUGACAAGUCUUUUGAGACCGCGAAGGAAUCGAACUCGGAAAUCGAGAAACACCUCAAGAAGGCUAUGGACGAUCUGAAUCCCCUCCGAACGUUGAAGCUGUUCAAGCGUGUACGAGCCUCAGACCGCGAACUUCUUGGCCUGCGGACUGCCAAACCAGAAUCUUUCCUCUGGUUGUACAUUCCUGCUCCGCCAGUAUGUAUCCGACCUUCAGUAGGCCAAGAAGGUGCAAGUACGGAGGACGACAUUACAGCUAAGCUGGGCGAUAUCGUGGCCGCGAACAAUGCACUGAAAGAGGCAAUCGAGAAGGGUGCACCUGUUCAAUCGAUUGUUGAACACUGGGACUACCUAUCGCUCCAACUUGCCAUGUACAUCAACAGCGAUGUGCCGGGUCUGGCGAAAGGAGAGUUUGGGAAGCAGAUCAGAGGUUUUGUCCAACGAUUAAAAGGAAAACAGGGUCGAUUCCGUGGAAAUCUGUCAGGAAAACGUGUCGACUUCUCCGGUCGUACUGUCAUCUCACCAGAUCCGAACCUGAGGAUCGAUGAGGUGGCGGUGCCGGAACUGGUUGCGAAGAACAUGACAUACCCGGAAGUGGUUAAUGAAAUCAACAUCGAGAAACUGCGACAACGCGUGCGCAAUGGCCCCAAAGUCUGGCCCGGGGCCAACUACGUUUACAAGCCCGACGGUGACUUCCGCAUCUUCCUCAAGUUCGGUAAGCCGGAGCUCAUCGCGAAAGAGUUGAAGCCGGGCGACAUUGUUGAGCGCCAUCUUGAGGAUGGGGAUAUUGUCCUGUUCAACCGUCAGCCGUCUCUUCACAAACUCAGUAUCCUCAGUCACUUUGUCAAAGUCCGACCACAUCGGACGUUCCGGCUCAACGAAUGUGUAUGCAACCCCUACAACGCCGACUUCGACGGAGAUGAGAUGAAUCUGCACGUCCCUCAGACCGAAGAGGCCAGGACAGAAGCGACGUUGUUGAUGGGUGUCAAGCACAACAUUGUCACGCCCAAGAACGGUGAACCUAUCAUUUCAGCCAUCCAGGAUUUCAUUACGGCUUCUUUCCUUCUCAGCAGUCUAGACCAGUUCUUCGAUAGAAAGACAUUCGUCACCAUGUGUGUGGGAAUGUUGGAGCCGGACACCAAGUUUGAUCUUCCACCUCCUGCGGUCGUCAAGCCGCAGACUCUCUGGACCGGCAAGCAAGUCUUCAGCAUCCUCAUGCGCCCGAACAAGCAGUCCCCGGUUACAGUCAACCUUGAUGCAUCAUGCAGAGACCACAAUCAAUACCACCCUGGACUCCAUCGAGAUCUUCAGGACGACAGUUUCCUGUGCAUCCGUAACUCCGAGGUCAUGUGUGGCAGGAUGGACAAAGGAACUGUCGGAUCUGGAAAGAAGAAUUCCGUGUUCUACAUCUUAUAUCGUGACUUUGGCCCAGAUGCGGCCGCCCAGGGGAUGAAUCGCCUAUCCAAGUUGUGUGCCCGAUGGCUAGGCGACCAAGGAUUCUCUGUGGGCAUCAGCGAUGUCACGCCACCCGACAUGCUUGUCAAAGCCAAAGCUGAAAUGAUUGCCAAAGUAUUCGAAGAGUGUAAGGAGUUUGUGCGACAAUCCAAGGCAGGCAAGCUGAAGAGGAAGGCCGGUCUCGAUGAUGCAGGCACCCUGGAAGCAGAACAAGUGCGGGUUCUGAGUACUGUUCGAACAAACAUUGCUGGUAUUUUGACGUCUCAACUCAGCAAGAGAAACUCGGCCAUGGUCAUGGCAAUAUCCGGAUCCAAAGGCUCCAACAUCAACGUGGCCCAGAUGGCGGCUCUUCUGGGACAGCAAGAUAUCGAAGGAAAACGUGUGGCAGAUGGGUUUCAAGACCGAACAUUGCCUCAUUUUGCGAAGCACGAAAGAUCUCCACCAUCCAAAGGCUUCAUCUCGAACAGCUUUUUCAGCGGACUACUCCCCUACGAGUUUCUGUUCCACGCAGUCGGUGGUCGUGUCGGUCUAGUCGACACAGCCGUCAAAACGGCCGAAACCGGUUACAUGUCGCGUCGACUGAUGAAGUCUCUCGAGGAUCUCUCUACCCAAUAUGACCACACGGUGCGGAACUCGGCCUCGAAUAUCGUCCAAUUUCGAUUCGGCGACGACGAGCUUGAUCCUGUCGAUAUGGAGGCAAGCGCAAAGCCCGUCGACUUUGAUCGCACGUAUGCUCAUGUGGAAGCUACAACAUUCGACAUGAACGAACCCGGCCUUUCGGAUACCGAUAUUCACUCCAUACUGGAAGAGAUACUCGCGCCAAAACGGAGCCUGCUCACCAGAUAUGAUUUCAAUGGCGCAGAGCUUCCGUUUGAAACAGAUGAUGAACGGCUGGUUGAUCAGAACGAAAGUCACCGUGCGUUUCUGCAGUCUAUCCAUGACUUUGUUAUGUCAAAGGCGCGAAGCUUUGUCGAAGCAAGAGUCCAGAAAAAGCAAUAUGCUCUGCCGCCAUCGCGAGAGUCCAGUGGUAGCAAGCGGAAAGCAGAAACAGACCCGGUGGUAGACGAAGCCGAACCGUCAGCCGCAGCAGAGCGACGCUCUGGCCGUAAAGGCACCACCUCCGCCACGACAGCUCCGAAAGCUGUGAAGAAGCAGAAGAAACUCCCGUCAGACGACCAGGCAAUCACCAAGGUCCAGGCGCCUCCAUCCACGAGGGAUCGCUUUGAAUUGACCUGCAAGGUUUCUGAGAGGACAUUACGAGCUUUUAUCAACUUGUGCUUGGAGAAGUACGAAAGAGCAAGAACCGAACCAGGUCAUGCCGUGGGCGCCGUCGGGGCACAGUCCAUUGGCGAGCCAGGUACGCAGAUGACUCUCAAGACUUUCCAUUUUGCCGGUGUUGCCGGUAUGAGUUUGACCGCCGGUGUCCCACGUAUCAAGGAAAUCAUCAACGCAUCAAAGGACAUCAGUACACCUGUGAUCACUUGCCGUCUCGAACGGAGAAGGGAUCUCUCGCUGCCCGAGUCCCUGGCUAGAAUCGUCAAGGGGAGGAUCGAAUGUCUGUAUCUUCAAGACAUUACCUCGUAUAUUCAAAUCAGUCACUCCCUGGACCGGCCCAGUUGCAUCUACCUACGAAUCUCCUUGGACACCAUCACCGAGCUCGGCCUCGACCUUACCCUCCAGGACAUCUGCAACGCCAUUCAGAAACAUCGUCAACUCAAAGCGGCGAAGUUGAGAAUACAAAUACGGGGCAAAGAUGAGCUGAAGAUAUCGUCAGAUGCGCCCAUCAAAUCGAUGAAACGUGGCACAGCUGCCAAGAUUGAUGAGGAAGGGCAAAACGAAAGACUGAUUCGUCUCCAGACAUUGCGGCGUGUGCUUCCCAGUGUACAUGUUCUUGGCCACCCUCUAGCAACCCGAGCGGUGGUCACAGCGGAAGAUGAUCCGAGAUCAGACGAGAUCAAAGCGCUGCGGCGGGCUACGGAGCGGGCUAAGGCUGAAAAGCAGAAGGCAGCUACCUCAUCCACUGAACCAGAAGUGAAGACUGAGGAUGGUCAGCAAAAUGAUUCGGCCAAGGUGAAGGUCGAAGAACCUACUCAGCCGGUCAUACCGAAAUCGGCAGCGGACAAUGGCAAGCCUAUUCAGAUGCACAAAGUCAUGGUUGAAGGUUACGGUUUGCGCUAUUGCAUGAACACCGAAGGCGUCGACCCAUAUCACACCGGGACCAACUCUGUAAUCGAGACGCUACAAGUCCUUGGAAUCGAAGCUGCUCGAUCGAAAAUCAUUCUCGAGAUCCAAGAAGUCAUGAAAAGUCUUUCCAUCGAUCCCCGACACAUGGCUUUGUUGGCGGACGUGAUGACCUACAGAGGCGAGGUGCUGGGGAUCACACGAUUCGGUCUGGCCAAGAUGCGUGACAGCGUGUUACAGCUUGCCAGUUUCGAAAAGACGGCCGAUCAUGUCUUCGAUGCCGGUAUCGCCGGCAAGACCGACAAAAUUGAGGGUGUUAGUGAGUCUGUCAUCGUAGGCAAGACCAUGGCAAUCGGUACUGGGAGCGUCGAGGUGGUCAGAUACCUGAAUGUCGAUAGCAAGGAGAAGAAAAAGAGACCGACUAUCUUCGAGGAUGCCUGGGCCAAGGGUGACCGAGCACGGGAGCGGAAGAAGAAGCAAUGA